GAAAAGACACCGUCUCCUUACUCGCGGCUGUGUUCAUUUCACUCCCAGAAACUUCCAACAUUGUCAGCUUUGUCCAGAAUGAGCCCUCCUGGAGACCGCACCGUCCUUGUGCUGGGGGGAGCCGGAACAGUGGGCUCGGGAACGGUGAAGGUUUUGCUGGAGAGAGGCUUCCGUGUGGUAGUCAUAUCCAGAGAUGCAGCCCGGUUGGAAAAACUGAAACACUUUGUCCCAGCUGCUACUCGAUCUAGGCUUUUUACGUUGAUUGGAGAUGUUGGUUCUGAAGAGGGUGCAGAAGCAGCUAAAACCGCAGUACUGCAGGCUGUUGGGAAAGUGACAGAUAUAGUGUCAUCUCUGGGGUUCAGUUGGUGGCAGGGUGGUCCUCCACACACUCAAACGGUCGAGGAACUGAAUAGGGUUCUGAACACACUGCUGAUAAGUACUUUCACAUCUUGGAAGGCAUUCUUUCCUUUGGUUAAAGAUGACCACAAUGGAUCAUACACAUUUAUAACUGGUGGUGCAGGGGAGCGUCUGUUAAUGCCUGGGACUGGUUUCUUGACUCUGGGAGCUGCAGGAGCUUUGGCAUUCUGUCAGGUGGUCAGAGAGGAGUACCCUGAUGUUCCGUGUAAACUGAAUGAGGUGAAACUUAACAUGGGUGUUGCAACCCCAGACCGAAUUGCACCCGGCUUUGUGAAUCACUUAGAUGUAGGGGAAGCAAUAGCCACUGUUUUGGAAAAGAAUUCUGUUUCACAUCAUGUGUUCUGUGCAAAUACCCCAGCUGAUCUCAAAACCCUGAUUGUGGAAGGGAAAGUCUGAAAGUGAAGAUAUUACAAGUUGGCAUGCCAAGUCAUCAUUCCAUUUUGCAUGUAUAGUUUAUUUUGAAGCCCUAUUACACUACAGUAGUGUGCACUUUUACAAUAGAACCAGUGAUAUAUCAAUCAAUGUAUCUGCCUGUUCAUAGCACUGUGAGCUAAAUUAAGCUAAAUAUUGUGUUUAUCUUGGUAGUUUGAUUUUUUUUAUGUCAUUAUGACAUUUAGAAACCCCUAUGAAAACUUAAAUUAGAAUGAAGUAAAGUCAUAUGUUGUGUUGUGCGUAGCUUGAGAAGCUGUACCACCUCAGCAAAGAAUCCUCAGCGUAUUCAAGUUCCAAACUAAUGUAGUGUUAUGGACCAGGCCAAAGCUCCUCAAAACAUUUCAAGAAAGUAGCCCAGACCCUACCUUUGCGAGUUGUUUUAAGCAGUUGUACAGUGGAUAUUCCAGGAGAAAUGCAGCUGGUCAAACCACUUCGUUUUAAACAAAACAAUUUAUUUGCAUGAUUGCCAAAUGAAACGUAAACAAAAGGGAACAGAAUACCGAAUAACUUAACCUAUCCAAACCCCAACAAACUAUCCUAACUUAAUGAUUCUGCUCCCAAUACUUGCAGUAAUCUCCAUAAACAUCCCUUGGCACAAAAGGUAAAAUCAGGAUCUUACAGGAGACAAGCCAGAGAGAGAGAGGAGGAUAAGCCUGGACCUGCUUCUUUGCUUAGCAGCUUCUCAAUUCAAUCGUGCUAAAAACAAACUAAACCAGAGAGAAGCUGAUCCGGGAGAACUGGCCGCUCCCAUUUCAUUGCACAAGUGUUAUUAUUAAACUUAAAGGCCUUUUGCCUGAGGUAGCAUCUGUUAGCUAUAAUCAAAAUCCCUGCAACCUAGACUGUUCAGAGUCUGUGUCUUUCACAACUUCUCUGGAAAUAAAAACCAAGGACAACAUAACCUUGUUAAAGGAGCAGCAUCGUCGCAGUAGGAUAAAAGACUAAAUUCACAUUUCCCAAUUACAGCAAUGAGUAGAGGCAAGUAGAAUGUCAACAUUUAAAAAGCAUUUGGACAGGUAGAUGCUUAGGAAGGGUUGAGAGGGAUAUGUGCCAAAUGCAGAGAAAUGGGGCAAGUUCAAUUUAGAAAAUCUGGUUGGCAUGAAUGAGUUGGGCAAAAGGGUCUGUUUCCUUGCCGCAUGACUCAAUAGUUCAUUCUUUUGCUGUUAGUAUUAAUAACAAUGCCUACCAAUGUUAGAUCAGUUUUAUUUACACAUCAAAUAACUCACUGCUGGAGAUAAAGAUGAAACUGAGCUCUACAGUGAUUAGGUAGUGGAAGAUUGACAUAUAUUGUUGGCAAAAAUUAUCUAUAAUUAAAGGAGAGAAUUAUGAAGAUUUCCUUUUUCUCUUCUAAAGCAGCAGAUGGAGUAUUCACAAUUUUGAUCUGUUUCAAACCCAGUCAUAACAAAAUGGUCCAGAUUUGAAUAGUUGUGAGCAGCAGUUCAUUUAAUUACAGUAAUUUUCACUGGGGUGUCAAGGAUGUUGUUGAUUUCUCUUGUUGAUUUGUAUUCAUCUGUCGAAUGUGAACAGCUAAUGUACAGUAAAAUCACGUUUAAUUCCUCCAGUUUUUAAAAUCCCAAUCUCAGAGAGGUUUGAGGAAAUCAGUGUUGUCUAAUAAAUAAACAAUCAUUGUUAAUUACUAACAUUGGGCUUUGUUCAAGAGUUUUCAGUAAUAAAAUAUCUGUUGCACUUAACAGGAAACUUUGCCAAAAGUUAGAGAUCUAUGGACAGCUAGCUUAAUUACUAUUGAAUGCAAAUCAAUAGUCUGGCCAAUAUGCUUAAACUGAUUUUGAAUUAAUUGCCCUUUUCGCAGUUUUCAGGAAAAUAAGAAAUUGACUAUGAACAAUUGAAUGAUCCAUUUGUGUCUUUUCAAGUUUAUAUCAGAGAGUAGGCAAAAAAACUGUCCCGCACAUCACUUCAUCCAGCUUACUUAAUCGUGUUAUUGUUACGUAAAUGUAAUUUAGAAUAUGGCUUGAAGAAUUUCUAUUAGCUUAAAACAAUGCAAGUUUACAACAAACUAAUAAUCUCUUUGGACAAUCCAAUGGCUAGCAUUAUUUUGUAUUUCUUGGGUCCUGAAAGAGCUAAGGAAGAGUAAAAUCAAGGAAUCCAGAAUUGGUAUAUGUCUGCCAUUUCUAAAGCUAUAUUAUAUCAGCAAUUAUUUAGAAUUACAGAAUCUCUACAAUGUGGAAGCAGGCCAUUCAGCCCAUCGAGUCCACACUGACCCUCAGAGUAUGCUACCCAGACCCUAUCCCUGCAUUUCCCAUGGCUAACCCACCUAGCCUACAUACCCCUGGAGAUUAUGGGCAAUUUAGCAUGGCCAAUCCACUUAACCUGCACAUUGUUAGACUGUGGGAAGAAACCGGAGCACCCAGAGGAAACCCACACAGACACAGGGAGAAUGUGCAAACUCUACACAGACAGUCACCCAAGGGUGGAAUUGAACCAAGGUCCCGAGCACUGUGAGGUAGCAAUACUAACCACUGAGCCAUUGUGCCACCCAAACUGAACAUAUAAUCACACUUUGAAUAAUCCAAAAUAUAAAUACAAUAAAGAGCAUGCAUGUUAACAAAUAGGUUAAUAGUCACUUCUGAACAGGAAGGCACAUUUGCUUUUAUUGUUCAAAAAAUGUAGUUUGGUUUAAUUUAAUAAGGUUCAAUUUUUGAAAGGCAUAUCAUUCUUUUCAGUAUUUUGUAGUUUUAGUAUCAAAGUAAGAUGUUCCCUACUUCAGUUAACCUUUGGACUUUGGCUAUUUACUUUUCUUAAUAUGAGCUGUGUUUAGCCAACAUCACAACAAAUGAGGAAUGAAUUAACUAUUGUUUGGUCACUUUAAAAAAUAAUAUUUAUUCUACAAACUGUAGCUAAUGCUCUCCAUUGUUGAUGUAAAUUGCUAUUUGUUAAUUUUGUUGCAUGUUUUAAUAAAUAUAAUUUAUAAAGUUUAA